AUGAUGAACCAAGGGGCAUUUAAGGAGGUCAACAAAAUCAGAAGCGAAAGUGACGAUGGAGAGAGCAGCGAUGAGAAAAGCGGAAUCGAUGACGCCAAGUCGUCCGUGUUUGUCAAGUCGAACAAAAUUCCCGAGAACACAGAUGUGGUGAAAGGAAUUAAUUUCGAAAAAGAAGUGAAUAUGCACGAGUUUGUAAACCAGUACAAGUACAUGGGGUUUCAGGCCACCAACUUGGGCAUAGGGAUUGACGAGGUGAACAAAAUGAUUCAUUUUAAAUAUGCAGAGGGGGGAGAAGGGACGCAGGAUGACCAGGAUGGGGACAACGAUGGCGAGCGUCAAGCGUUGCCAAAAAAGAAGAAAUGCCUAAUAUGGCUAUCCUUCACCUCAAACAUGAUAUCUAGUGGCCUGCGUGAAAUAUUUGUGUAUCUCGCAAAGAAGAAAUUCAUAGACGUGGUUGUGACAACGGCUGGGGGAGUGGAGGAAGAUAUUAUCAAGUGCUUCUCCAAAACGUAUUUGGGCGAUUUUAACCUUAACGGGAAAAAAUUAAGGAAAAAGGGGUGGAACAGAAUAGGCAACUUAAUUGUCCCUAAUGAUAAUUACUGCAAAUUUGAGGACUGGCUCCAGCCUCUACUGAAUAAAAUGUUGCACGAACAGAAUAGAAAAAAUGAAGAGCUCUUUUUAAAGAACUCCGAUGAAGACGAAUCUGACAUGUUCUACUUGAGCCCCUCCGAGUUCAUAAACAAGCUGGGGGAGGAAAUAAAUGAUGAAAGUUCCCUCAUAUAUUGGUGCCAUAAAAAUGACAUCCCUGUAUUCUGCCCCGGAUUAACAGAUGGCUCCCUGGGGGAUAAUUUAUUUUUUCACAACUAUGGGAAAAAAAUAAAAAAUAAUCUGAUUUUAGACAUUGUAAAGGAUAUUAAGAAGAUUAACUCCUUGGCGCUAAAUUGUAAGAAGUCUGGGAUUAUCAUUUUGGGGGGGGGGUUACCGAAACAUCAUGUUUGUAACGCCAAUUUGAUGAGAAACGGAGCCGAUUUUGCAGUGUAUGUAAACACGGCUAAUGAGUACGACGGAAGCGAUAGUGGCGCAAAUACUACGGAAGCUUUAUCGUGGGGGAAGAUUAAGGCGGGUCACACGAACAACCAUGUUAAAGUUUUUGGCGAUGCCACGAUUUUGUUUCCCUUGAUGGUUCUCAACACUUUCUACUUGCACGAUCGACGGGGGAAGCAGCGAGAGGGGGAGGUGCACCUCAGGUGA